AUGUUUUGGAGUCGACCGAUGCCUAUCUUUCAUCUUUUGCUAGUGAUCCUACUCGCCGGAGACCUCGGCUCCCUUCCUUUCGUCAAUGCUAAUGCUCUAGAAUGCAAGAACGGUUAUACUCUAUUACCAACCCCUCAAGUAUAUCCUUAUGCUUGUAGAGUCACAUCCAAGUCCACAUACAAGUGUAAGAAGUGUGGAAGGGGUGAUGGGCUACCAACCACUGCUCGUGAUUGCGUUGAUAAGGUUGGCAGACCAGUGGGCGGGGGAGGACCAUGGAAUUGCGAUGUCUCGGUUUACUACGAUAUACAAGGUCGCGAAGACAACAGAAAUAUACUUUGCCAGCACCGCAUUAAUGCGCAUGGAGGGACGUCUCCGUACUUUUGCAGAACAGCCAUUCACAACCAACAAUGUGACCCGCAAGGUUGUUUACCUUCCAAUUAA